AUGGUUGAAAGUUCUGGGCCCUGUAGAAAGGAGAGAAAUUUAAAGCUUGGUCAAGUCAUAUUAACAGGCAUUUCUGAAAACAUAUUUGCCAUAUCGAUUCUGCAACAGAUUGAAUUGGAUCUGAAUGCUACUCAGGCCUUGGUCCUGGCACCUACUAGAGAACUGGCACAGCAGAUACAUAAGGUAGUCAUGGCUUUAGGAGACUAUAUGGGUGCCUCCUGCCAUGGCUGCAUUGAGGGUACCAAUGUGCGUGCAGAGGUGCAUAAGCUGCAGAUGGAAGCUCCCCAUAUCAUCGUGGGCACCCUAGGAUGUGUGUUUGACAUGCUUAAUCGCAGAUAUCUGUCUCCCAAAUACAUGAAGAUGUUUGUACUGGAUGAAGCUGAUGAAAUGUUAAGCCGUGCGUUCAAGGACCAGAUCUACUGGUAUGACAUAUUCCAAAAGCUCAACAGCAACACCCAGGUGGUAUUUCUGCCAGCUACAAUGCCUUCUGGUGUGCUUGAGGUGACCAAGAAGUUCAUGAGGGACCCCAUUCGGAUGCUUGUCAAGAAGGAAGAGUUGACUCUGGAGGGUAUCUGCCAAUUCUACAUCAAUAUGGAAAGAGAGAAGUGGAAGCUGGACACAUUGUGUGACUUAUAUGAAACCCUCACCAUCACCCAGGCAGUCAUCUUCAUCAACACUCAAAGAAAGGUUGAUUGGCUCACUGAUAAGAUGCACUCCCGAGACUUCACUGUCUCUGCCAUGCAUGGAGAUAUGGACCAAAAGGAACGAGAUGUAAUCAUGUAA